AUGAAUGCCCUGCCGAAUGCAGAAAGUGGGCAUGCAGUAGACUGUGGGCACGAUACGAUCGUGAGAAAGGAAUCGAAGAAAGCGUCAAUCCGUUCAAACGUAUCCGUUUUUAUCUGUUUUCAGUCGCAUCAGGAAGAGGAUCUGUCGGAUCCGGAUCUUCAGGAUGAAGAGAGCGGCGAGGAGUUACCUCAGCAGCCACUUCAAGGUAACACGCACUCCUCGACGGAUAGUGCAUCCGCGCAGGCUGGUACACCUACUCCAUUAACACACUUGAACAGUCUUAUGGGUGCACAUCAUCCGCACUUUCUGGCAAAAUUGAAGAUGGAGCCCACCGAUAUGGACGCUUUGAACAACAAGAGUGGUUUAGAAGCGUUGCAAGCGGCAAUGGGCGGAAGUGGUUUCAAUCUACCAUUCUCGUUUCCACCACCCGCGUUUCUGACGCCCCAACAUCACUCGCAAAACAGUCACGCGCAAUCUGGUGGUAGUAUCGGGAGCGGGGUUGGAAAUCAAGUGACGUCGUCGGCUAGCUCACAUUCUAGCGAGUCUUCGCAGGGGAGCGCUAGAAACGGUGGCGAGCCUCGCGAGACCAACAAUCAGUCGCAGAGUAAUACGGCGGGAGCGAAUCACCAGCAGCAGACCAGUUGGAGUUUCGAAGAGCAGUUCAAACAGGUGCGUCAGCUUUACGAGAUCAACGACGAUCCGAAAAGGAAGGAAUUCCUGGACGAUCUCUUCAGUUACAUGCAAAAACGAGGAACACCUAUCAAUCGACUGCCGAUCAUGGCGAAGUCGGUGCUGGAUCUGUACGAAUUGUAUAAUUUGGUCAUAGCGAGGGGCGGCCUCGUUGACGUGAUCAACAAGAAGCUUUGGCAAGAAAUCAUCAAAGGGUUACACUUACCAUCCAGUAUCACUUCCGCUGCGUUUACUCUACGUACCCAGUACAUGAAAUACUUGUAUCCGUACGAAUGCGAGAAGAGACGACUAUCGACACCGGCAGAGUUACAAGCGGCGAUCGACGGGAAUCGCCGCGAGGGACGACGAAGCAGUUACGGGACAUACGCGGCGAGCGGUAGCACGACGAGCGAGGGCCUCGUCCAAAGGAAUCCCCACACGCCCAACUCCUUGGCGUUGCACGCGCAAAUGUCCCCGCUGUCUUUGGUCACGGCAGUUGCAGCCGGUGGCCAGCACCAUGGAUCGCAGUCAUUGGUGAACGGCAGCGCUGCGCACACCCCAUUGCCUCACCACCCGCACCAUCCUCAACACUCGCAGGGCCUACCGGGACAACAACCACCGAAUGCAGGACCUAUACCCGGAAUGGCGCCAUCCGAAUUCGAAGCACGCAUGGUGGAAUACGUGAAACUGUUGAACAAGGAAUUGAGAAGCGGUACACCGCCACCGAUGGGGCACCGGGCGGGGAGCGCGUCACCCCCGUCUUCGACGCCGUCGAGAGACGGGGCGUUCAGCGCUCUCGAGAUGUCCCGAUUGACCUUGUGGAACAUGUACAACAACAACACCCUGUAUCCAGGAGUGGGGCAUCAACCACCUAUAUCGCCUCAAACGUCCCACUCCCCGCUACCUCCGGCCUCCAGUCCUGAACCUCAAAGGGAAGCACUCGAUCUUGGACUCAGUCGCGAGCUCCUUUUUCUCAGGUCAUCGCCUGUAUCCUCGCCAGCCAGGCAAAGUUCACCCUCUUCGGGUGGUAGUAUGCAAGUCGUCAAGAGGGAUACGGAACUGACCGUCGCGCCUGGACCUCCCCCCGCUAAAAGGUUACUCUCGGAUGAGGACAGUCCGCCUGAGAAGAACGCCCCACCCACUCUGGGCACGCACAUUAAUUCGAAUCGAGGUGACGGCAGAAACGGUGACAAUUCCUUAGUAGUCAGUAUGGAGUUGAACGGAGUAAUGUAUCAAGGUGUUCUGUUCGCUCAAAGUGACAGCAGGUCCACGAGCAGUACAGCGUCCACCGCCAACAACAACAAUAACAAUAACGCGAAACCGUCGCGGAGCGUGGUCUCGUGAACGCUCAACGUGAAUCGUCGAGAGCUAUAUCCGCGAAAUAUAUAAUAGCUCUCUGUACAGGACACGCUCCCUCGC